AACCAGGUUAUGAACCAUAUUUGCUCAAAACAAGAUUCUAUCUCCAGCAAAAUUGAAGGGUGCUGUGAAAAGAAAAUACCAGAACGGGAAGAUUGUAUAAUUAACUCAAAGAAAGAUGAUAGACCAAAGGACUUAUCACUCAGAGAAGCAAAAUUUACUGACAGCGAAAAUGUGUGUCAAGAACGAGAUACUGACCCAGACAACUUCUUUGCUGAGUUUAUUUAUGAGUACUCAAGGAGACAUCAAGACCUGUCUACACCAGAGCUUCUAAGAAUUGGUAGAGUAUACGAGGAUCUCCUGGGAGAUUGCUGCAACAGAGAAAACCCUCCAGAUUGUUACCGCCAUGCAGAAGACAAAUUCAAUGAGACAACUGAGAAAAGCCUCAAGAUGGUACAACAAGAAUGUCAACUUUUCCAGAAUUUGGGGAAGGAUGGCUUGAAAUACCACUACUUUAUCAAACUCACAAAGAUAGCACCCCAGCUCUCUACUGAAGAACUGAUGUCUCUUGGCAAUGAAAUGGUGACAGCUUUGACUACCUGCUGCACGCUAAGUGAAGAGUUUGCCUGUGUUGAUAAUUUGGCAGAUUUAGUUCUUGGGGAAUUAUGUGGAAUAAAUGAAAAUAGAACCAUCAACCCUGCUGUGGACCACUGUUGUAAGGCGAAUUUUGCCUUCAGAAGGCCCUGCUUUGAGGCUUUGAAAGCUGAUAAAAUGUAUGUGCCUCCACCAGUCUCUCAAGAUUCAUCUACUUUUCAUGCAGACUGGUGUCAGGCUCAGAAUGAGGAACUUCAGAAGAAGAAAAUCAGGUUUCUUGUCAACUUAGUGAAGCUGAAACCUGAACUCACCAACGAGGACCUGAAGACUUUGUUUAUAAAUUUCACUGUUGCAGUGGAGAAGUGCUGCAAAGAACAGGAGCCUGAAGUCUGUUUUAAUGAAGAG